UCAGYCACCACAAAUGAAAUCGAAUGCCGGCAAAGUAAAACCUGCGUUUGUUGCUCGUUCAGCUUAGUUUGAGCUGAUACUUAACUGUGUUCAGGUCGAAGUUSGAAACUCUCUUCACCAUGCCCAACUGUCCAAAAUGCGACAAACCUGUUUACUUUGCUGAACGCAAGACUUCCCUGGGGAAGGACUGGCACGCUGCAUGUUUGCGUUGCGAGAAAUGCAACAAGACUCUAACUCCGGGGUCACAUGCAGAACAUGAAGGCAAACCCUACUGCAACCAGCCCUGCUAUGCAGCCCUUUUCGGCCCCGCAGGCUUCGGACGUGGAGGUGCGGAAAGCUACGUCUACAAAUAAUCCUUUCUUGGGUCCUGUUAACCCCCAAUUCAAAAGUAAAAGGAAUUUGUUAUUACGAGUAUAAAAAACAGUAUUUUUUAUAUUGCAAUUAUUGUAUUUACUAAAAAAGUAAUAAAGUAUAUUUCCAUUUAUUCUUA